AUGUUCGGCGUCAUCAUCUCCGGGCGCCCCGUCCUCACGGAGCCGCAGGCCGUCUCGCCGACGCAGUUCGUCUUCCAGCUGCCCGCGGCGCCCGCCUUCAACCACAUCGUCGUCUUCCUGCUGCCGGGCACGCAGCUGCCGCCCGACACGGCCGCGUCGGUGUACGUGCAGAUCCCGCCCGCGCCCGACUUCCGCUUCCUCGGCGCCGUCGCCAACGAGAAGCAGAGCGCCAUCUUCAAGGUCGACGGCCUCGAGCACGUCGCCCAGUACGCCGUCGCCAACGCCAACGCCAACGCCAACGCCAACCAGGUGCCUGCCGUGACGCUGGGCGUCAGCAUCGAGCCCGUCGCCCAGGUCGGCGCCGCCAUGCAGGCCAAGCAGGCGGAGAAGCUCCAGAGCGCCGGCGGCAGCGGCAUGGAGCUGGUCAAGGCCGGCGCCGCCGCCACCGCCGCCGCGACGAAUCCCGAGGCGGUCAAGCUGCUGGCGCAGCGUAUCAUCGGGAACGCCUUCAACUUCUUGGCCAGCUUCUCCGGGAACGCGGGGCCCGGGGGCGUCGAGGUCGUGCCGUUGAAGGCGUUUCAGGACUGGUGGCAGAAGUUUGGAAAGAAGAUCGAGAUGGAUCCGAGUUUCUUGGUGAGAGAGGAGCAAAAUUGA